AUGUCGAAAACUUCUCCAGCUACAUACCCAAUCGCGGCGAAUUCCUUUUCCCCCGCCACCUGCAACUAUAUUUUCCCCGCUCUCUACGACUACGGGUCAGCUUAUGGAAUCACGGUUGAAAUCGAUAGAGCGAUUAUUGGUCUAGCCCAUGAGACGAUUCUGAAAUCUUGUUACGAGAUUCAGUCCCGCCUGGACAAGAGACUAAACCACCUCUCUCACAUGUUACCUCUUUGGGAAUCGUCAAGGAUUUUCAAAAGAAAAUCCUCAUCCCAUAGAGAUCGCCGGCUCGACCCAAAGUUGACGAUCCUGAACCUGAAGAGCUUCUCCGGAAAACUUAUUUGCAACAUUACCUCUACCCCCCUUCACUGUGCCCUACUCAUCGCCGAGAUACACCACAUUAACACAGAACGGGAGAGAGCCGAACACAGGAUUUUUGAGGAUCUUUUGGACAGCCUAGAACAAGCCACGCAUUCUGUAUUUUCGAUGCUUGUAAAGCUGUACCGCGAGACACAGGACUCAUUGAGAUUUCAGAUAUCAUCUCCUUAUGGAUUUGGAGUCUUGCUGGCAUUGGGGAUGCUUUUUGAGGCCUACGGAUCCCGGCUGGCGCCAGCGAACACUUUGUACCUUGUCUCUGGCCACGUACUGGAGAGAGAACACUGCUCUGGGCUCGCUCUUACACAUUUCAAUAAGGUCUGUAAGCUCAGGAAAUACGUCUUAUCAGUAUUGGAACCAUCACCCGAGGGGGUCGGCGCGGAGAUUCAAAUUUGGGAGCACUUACUUGAAGGAGUUUUGACGGCGUUGAACUCUUUCCCAUGUAUCGCCAGAUACGACGAUAACCAUUCCCACUGGUUAGGCUUAAUUAGUGUACUACACAACGAGGCAAAUUCCUUACCAGAGGUCAUGGGGACUGCAAGGUUUUGGCGUCUGCUCGACAGACUUUGA